AAAUAUGACGUCACAAACGUUCCAGUUUUUGUGUUUGAGUCUGCUAAUCACGUGGACAAAGGGUCAAGGCGCGGAUCCAUCAGCAGUAAAAGAGUGCACAGAACAAGGGAAGUGUUACUGGAAGGGUGAAUGUAAAACCCCGGGGAGGGGGCGGAUCUGGCAGGAAGAAGAGGAGUGUGCCGACAUGUGGUGUCACGUCUACCAGUUUACCAAGUACAUAUCCAUCAGAGUGGACAGGUUUUAUGGGUGUCGAUACAAAGACCAAUGUAGGAAGAAAGAUGAAGAAUGGGAGGAAGACGGGUGUGUAAAGCGGAAAUGUCAUAUUGGAGGGCCGCGUGGAUACACAAGGACUAUCACUGUAUCCCAACUAGGUUGUACCGACUUAAAAGGGGUGUGUCACUUUCCAGGAAGUGCAUGGGAGGAAAACUGCGUCCGAUAUCAGUGUGUCAACUCAAGAAACGGAACUUCUAUACUGGCGGCACAAAAAAUUAUCUGGAAAGGCUGUCCUUACAAUGGGUCGUGCUUAGAGGAAGGCAGUGUAGUCACAGAUCCUGAUAAUAAAUGUAUUACCAAACGUUGUGUGAUAGACGAGAGCAAAAAGGGAUUCUACAGAGUCUUAGAGCUGGAUACCAUCAAAUGCGAGGAUGCCAAUGGGAUAUGCCGUAAUGAGACGGAAACUGGAUGGCCACUCUACAUACAGGGAACCCUCCAUAACAACUGCCAUUGUAAGGUGAUCCGGAAAGACGAUGGGUCUGUCUCGAUUCAGAAAGGAUGUUCCAAUUAGAAGUCAGAGUAUGAAGCACUUGUACAUUUCUUCAUAGAAACGAUUAAAUCUGAAAAAAUGACUGAAAAAAGCUUUGUUUUAAAGAACUUACCAGUGUAUAACAGGGAGAACGUUUGAUGGAGGAAUAAUGUAUUUAGCAAAUGAAAGGAUAACUAAGCUAAUAAUUGUGAGUUGUAUUAAAAUAACGCAAUAAAGUAAUAUCAGUAA